GUCGCAGUGGGGCUUCAAGGCCAGGUCUCUUCAGGAGUUCACAAGUGGCAUCACAUGUCUGAUCGCCAAUCGCCAACUCCAGGGCUUGUGGGACCUGCUGCAAUGGCAAGACAAAGAGCACUUGCCGCGGCUCCUGACCCUCCAGGACAUCUGUCUCCUGCAUGCAAGCGUGCGGCCUGUGCGGGAGCCAGGCAAUCACACCAAUGCUCAACUGUGCGCAUCGUUUGGCACUCAGAUGGUCAAUGUGGCACAUGAUGUGGCGCUAGAUGGCCCUGCCGUCACCAGUGGCUUGCAGUCGAGUGUUCAACCCUCAGAUAUCCCAGGCGGGAUAGAACCUGCCCAGAGGUUGGGCUUGGCUGCGGGCCGUGGGGGAAUUUGCAAACUCUUGGUUAGCUAA